AGUCUUUAUAUAAAGUACCACCACUCACGAGCGUUCCAACUCCCAAAACGCCUCUCUCUCUCUCUCUCUCUCUCUCUCUCCUCCGAUGGCAGAAUCGUCAUUACAGCAGCCCAGCCUCUUCUCCCCUUACAAGAUGGGGCGAUUCAACCUCUCUCACAGGAUAGUACUGGCACCCAUGACCAGAUGCAGAGCUUUGAACGGAAUUCCUCAGCCGGCCAACAUUGAAUACUACGUUCAGAGAGCUACUGAAGGCGGAUUCCUAAUCACCGAAGGAACCAUAAUUUCCCCAACCGGUGCAGGGUUCCCACACGUCCCAGGGAUUUACACGCAAGAACAGAUCGAUGCCUGGAAGAAGGUGGUGGAAGCUGUCCACGCCAAGGGAAGUGUCAUUUUCUGCCAACUAUGGCACGUGGGCCGUGCAUCUAACCAAGUGUAUCAACCUGGUGGGACCGCCUCUCCAAUCUCUUCCACAGACAACCCCAUUUCUAAACGGUGGAAGAUUCUCAUGCCGGACGGGUCCUACGGCACCUACCCUCGGCCACGGCGUCUCCAAACCUCUGAAAUCCCAGAGAUCGUUGGUCACUACCGGCAAGCGGCCAUAAAUGCCAUUCAAGCAGGUUUCGACGGUAUCGAAAUCCACGGCGCACACGGCUACCUCAUCGACCAGUUCCUCAAGGACGGCAUCAAUGACCGAACCGACGAGUAUGGAGGCUCGAUCGGGAACCGUUGCAAGUUCUUGAUACAAGUUCUCCAGUCUGUGACUACUGCCAUUGGUCCCGAUCGGGUGGGAAUUCGCAUAUCGCCAGCGAUCGACCAUCUGGAUGCAAUGGAUUCCAAUCCACACAACCUAGGCCUCGCCGUGAUUGAGAGGCUCAACAAACUCCAGGCGGAGCUGGGUGAGAAGCUCGCAUACCUUCACGUGACUCAGCCACGAUACGUAGCCUAUGGGCAGACGGAAUCGGGGCCGCAUGGGAGUGAGGAUGAGGAGAUGCGACUAAUGAGGUCGUGGAAGAGAGCGUACGUGGGCACGUUCAUUUGCAGUGGAGGGUUCACCCGCGAGUUAGGAGUGGAAGCUAUGGCAGAUGGCGAUGCGGACCUGGUCUCAUACGGUCGCCUCUUUAUUUCGAACCCAGACCUGGUUUUGAGGUUUAAGGUUAAUGCGCCUCUAAAUCGGUACAUUCGGGCUACAUUUUAUACCCAAGAUCCCGUCGUUGGGUACACGGACUACCCGUUCCUCGGUCAGGAUCGUCGGGCUCGCCUUUGAUCAGAAGGUUGGUAGAGUGGGUUUUAGUGUUUUACUGCAAUGACUAAAGGACUUUUUAUAAGUUAGAUGUACAAAACUAAAGAUUGGUAUGAAAUAAUAAGAGAGGUUAUGCUA